AGUUCCGCAGUUUUGCUAGAAGCAAGUUUUGACCAAUACCAUGGCUAUGACCUGUCACAAUGUAAACAACUAUUCCAACUCCAUGCGGUAUAAUAGUAGGCAGACUCAGGAUUUCAUCAGGCUAAAUAGCAGUGGAGAUGAAAGUAAUAGCUACAACAGUCACAAAACAGCACAGAGUAAGAGGAAGCGCACCUACAAACUGCCAGAAUAUGGCAGCAACUUGCUGGCCCCCUUCUUCCCCAACCCUGAUGCUCCCUGGAAAACUAAGGUUUAUUCCCCCGACAUUAUAGGACUGCACAACGAGAUUGAGGACUUUGCCCGCUGGAUGCGUCCUACCAAGGAAGAAACCAUGUUGCGGGGUUGUGUUGUAGAGAGAAUCAAACGCAUUGUACAUCAGCUGUGGCCAACUGCACGUGUCGAGAUUUUCGGUAGCUUUAAAACUGGUCUUUACCUUCCAACAAGUGACAUAGACAUAGUAAUAUUUGGACAGUGGUCGGCACCCCCACUCCGCACCCUUGAGCGCCGCCUGAUCGACAACAACAUUGCCGACCCAAACACCAUGAAAGUACUGGACAAGGCGAGCGUGCCGAUCAUUAAACUCACUGAUACUCUGACAAAGAUCAAACUAGAUAUCUCCUUCAACACCAACAACUGUCUGAAGAGUGCAGAGAAAAUAUCGGAGUUGCUGCAGCAGUAUCCGUGUUUGGAUAAGUUGGUUUUAGUUUUAAAACAGUUUCUCCUGCAACGGCACCUUAAUGAGGUCUUCGUGGGUGGAUUAGGGUCUUACUGUCUAACUCUGAUGGUGGUGGCUCAGUUACAGCAUUGUCCGAGACGCCGGAGAGGUAGGCUAGAAGACGAAAACUUGGGAGUUCUUUUGAUGGAGUUCUUCGAGUUGUACGGAGUGUUAUUUAAUUACAAUAACACUGGGAUAAGGAUACACAAUGGAGGGUCAUUCUUCAAUAAGAACGAUGUGGCAGAAAUGAAAGGCUCUAUGCUCUGUAUCGAGGACCCGUUCCAACCUGGUAACGAUAUUGCCAGAGCAUCUUACGGCAUGUUUUAUGUCAAAGACUCUUUCAAAUUCGCAUAUCGGUGGCUGAAAAGAGCGGUCGUUGCUCCGAGAAAACCCAAUGAACAAGUUUUCCCGAUGACUGACAGCAUUCUUGGAACACUUGUGAAAGUGGACCGAGGAAUCGUGGAGUACAGAAACUGGAUAAAAAACAACUGGGUUAACUUAGCGAGACAGUUACCGCAUCCAGAGUCUUACAAUCACACACCGACCGCUAGCAGACCAGAUAAAUUAAAGCGAGAGAAAUGGACACCCGGGCCCAGAGUUGGCGAGGACUUCUCUGACACACCCACAGACCAAAGUGCCGAGGCUUCCAGUGACGACUAUGAUAGACUAACUGAUGAUCUUAGCUCUGAUUCUUCCGUGUGAUCAAGCUUUAAUAGUAUGUAAAACAACCCAAAAAAAGUUAAAAACUAAAAUUUUAAAAAAAAUCACAAAAUGGAUAGAACAAAAAGACCCUCGCUGAGAUCCAUUUCACGCAAUUAACUGGGUGGAGUUGCUAGUCCAGUAAUUACUCAGUUUAAAUCAUUGGUCGAGUACUGAUUUUUAAUUUGUUAUUAACAUGAAAAGAAGAAAACAGAUAAUAUGCCAGUCAAGAAAAAAGCUGGACACUGUGGCAAGAACCGCUUAUUUAUAUUUGAAGUCUCUGUGAAGAGUAUUAUGUUCAUUUUGAAAGAGCGUUUUAGAUAUGCCAGCAGUAACCAAGCAUACGAUAAUAAAAAGAUUUAAGUUGCUAUGAACAAAUCUCAAUGGUUAAUUGGGCCAGGCCUUGUUAAAACAGCUGCCCAAAGGAGCAAACCUAAGUUUUUAUUGAUGUUUGUUAAUCGAUUUGCAUUGUUUUCAAUGCUAUUAGUUAAUUCAAUUUUUGUAUAUUUUGAUACUAUUUCAUAAUAUAAGCCCACGAUUUUUUGGUUCAACAAAGAAUCUUAAUGUGGGACCAUGAUCAAAUGCAGAUCAAGAAUUCCUAGCUCAGUGACUAAUUAAAUCAUUUUAUUUUACUUUUAAUGAGGCAGUGCUGAAAUGAUUACCGUUACCGACACUAUUAGAUUUCUCUUUCCAUUGAACUUUCAGGUGCUAUUUUUUCCUACUUAAAACGUCCUGCAUUUGAACAUUGUCUCUGGCCUACAAUUACAAGGUUUUAUUGUUUUCUAAUUGUCUUGAUAGAUAGUUUGUAUUUUGAAUUAAAGAGUUUUCAAUUGCUCGAUUAUAGAUUGAUUCAUCCCUGUCGAAUGCCACUAUGGCUGUUUAACUACUCUUUGUGACUCGCAGGUUAGUAUGAGCUGAUGAUAUUUUCAGAAGUGGCACUUUGAGUGACAAUCGUUAAUAGUAUUUAUCACAAUUUAAUUUGGCACAUUACAAUACUUAUGGUUAUUUAUAUAGUUCACUCACAAAGUGCCUAAAGAUUAUAUUUUUCUAAAGAACUUGUAAUUCGGUGGUACUGAGACAGAAAAAUACGCUGGAAAUGUUGUAUGAACAUUGAAUUAUGUAGAAUGUAUGAGGAACCCUUAAUGUUAUAUUCAACGUAAUUUUUCCGCAAAAUAUGGCGUUUGAACUCGGUUUCGGUUGAUUUGCAUAGAUGGUUUUGAGAAUAUUUAGUUUUGAAUUGGAAUAGAUACAAUUUCUUGCAGCCUUGAAUUCUUGGGGUUGAAGUUUUUCCUUUUAGAGACUAGUUGUCCAGGUUUUAAUCGUUAUCUUAAUUUGUGGAACUAAUUGACUGAUUAUUCGAUUAAAGUAACUUAGGUUUCAAGUUUAUGGCUGUUUUCCAGCAGGCUGAAACUAUCCAUGGACAGCCCGCUCUCGGGGCUUUGGGAAUACAACGUUAUCUUUACCCUGGUGAUGCCUUUGUUUGGCCCCACUCCACAUAUCCCCUACCUUUUCCAGCAACUAAUUUACCUGUUCAUGGAUAGUGUCCUGGUCUAUGGAUACCGCCAAGUUUUACAGUGUGUAAUUGUAUCGAUAGAUAAAAGAGAACUUUAUAGAUUCUAAUUUAAGUCUUUUGUCGAGAGUUACUAGUGCGCAACAGCAUCUCGGCAACCAUACACACAGCCCAUUAUAGUUAGUCCGUAAAGUGGUUUGAGAGGAUACAUUUAUUGCAAGAGGUUGUUUAAGAAAACGCCCAGAAACGACAAUUGACAUGCUUCUGAUGGUGGCGCUUCGUCGUUCAAUUGGAAAGAUUUGUCAUUGAAGCCAAAGCACUGUUAUCUGUAAAAAGACACACUAUCGUAUCAGAGGUGUGUGAAAAUGGUCUUUCCUGGGCACUUGAAACAGUGCGCACAGAAAAAAGACGGAACUUAUCCUGUUAAUUUAAAUAUGGACCACCUUAAAACAUAUUUAAAUGCCAACCUAUUAUACCCGAGGUCAUGGCGGCCGAUCUUAAGAUUGAGGUUUAGACAUGUAAUAUUGUGUGUUGACUGUUGGGUAUUCAAUGUUAUAUUAGAAGCUAACAGUGAAUGUGCCGUCGUUAAAGGAAGUUUAUGAUGAUGCAGUGAAGAAGUAAUAGAGAUGCUAUGGGUGACGAGAGAUUUUAAAACGAAUCAGAAAGUAGAGGAUGAUGAUAUUGUCGAAAGUGAAAGUGAACAGAAGAUAAAAGAAGAUAAUAUUGUCAGCUGGCAGACAGUACCGAUAUAUUUUGAAAAUAUUUUGGUCAGAAAACAUCAGAGACUAACAAUAUGUGUAGUUUGUUGCCCAUGGAUUAUACUACGAAAUGUUAUUGAUAUUAAAGUUUCUGAUAACAAA